CAAUGUACAUUAUGCAAUUUCCCACCCUAAACUAACCGACUCUAAUUGCUUCUUCUUCUAGCAUAAGACGUAGCACAAUUCCUUGCCACCGAUCAAAACCCAUUUCUUAAAUCCCACUUUUCUUCGCCGCGAAAUCAGAGACCCAAUUCGAGAAAAAUCCAUAUGAAUGCAGGGCAGCUGUUCGUCUUGAUCUUCACAUUCGCCACAACAAUUUCCUCACAGAAAUCGGCUUAAGCAAAGCAAUGCUAACCCGAAGGCCUUUAACGAAGUCCAUAAUCGGUUUCAAUUCGGAAACCUGGAAAAGAAAAAUAACCCGAUGGUUUGCCAGCGAUUCAGGGAAGAGAUUUGGAGCAGUAUGGGGUAAUGGCGAUUUCGGGAGGCUGGGGCUUGGUAAUUUGGAUUCUCAGUGGAGCCCUGUCCCCUGUUCUUCCUUCGAUCGAGAAAUGCUUAAGGGUAUAGCUUGUGGCGGUGCUCACACUCUGUUCUUGACAGAAUCUGGACGGGUUUAUGCUACUGGUCUUAAUAAUUUUGGGCAGCUGGGAAUUUCAGAUGAGAAAAGGUUUUCUACGCAUUGCAUCUUGAUGCAGGAGCCUGUUGAGGUUAGAAUUCCGAAAGAAGCUAUGCAUAUUUCAGCUGGAUAUAAUCACUCUUGUGUUGUUACAGCUGAUGGAGAACUGUAUAUGUGGGGGGUGAAUUCAAAUGGACAGCUUGGCCUUGGAAAAAAGUCAGCUAAAGCGGUACACCUACCUACAAAAGUAGAUAGCUUAGAUGGGAUUGUAAUUAAGAGGGCUGCUUUGGGCUCGGAUCAUUCGAUUGCUGUUGCUGAUGGAGGUGAAGUCUUUAGUUGGGGAGAUGGACGAUCAGGUAGAUUGGGUCAUGGGCACGAGUCAACAUUUUUGGGUUUUCUAAAAAGUACCAGUGAACAUACACCCAGGCUAAUUAAAGAACUUGAGGGGAUUAAGGUUAAACAUGUUGCAGCAGGGAUGCUGCACUCGGCUUGUGUAGAUGAAAAUGGAGCUGUUUACAUAUUUGGUGAAAGGGCAACAAACAGAGUGAGUUUUGGUGAGGCAAACAAGGCAACAACACCAUCAUUGAUCAGCACACUCUUGGACUGCGAAGAAGUUGCAUGUGGUGGUUAUCACACGUGUGUCCUAACAAAAGGUGGGGACCUGUACAGUUGGGGUUCGAAUGAGAACGGUUGCCUUGGGAAUGGGUCCACAAGUGUCUCUCAUCUCCCUGAAAGAGUUGAAGGUCCCUUUUCAAAAUCUCCUGUAAGCAAGGUAUCUUGUGGAUGGAAACACACAGCAGCUAUCUCAGGUGGCGCUAUCUUCACGUGGGGCUGGGGAGGUUCUCACGGGACGUUUUCUGUGGAUGGCCAUUCUUCUGGGGGUCAGCUGGGGCAUGGAAGUGAUGUUGACUAUGUGAAACCGACAAAGAUCGACCUUGGAGAAAAUGUGAAGGUAGUACAAGUCUCCUGUGGUUUCAACCAUACUGGUGCAAUACUCGAAUACAAGUGAGUUUCUGAACUUUUAACCACGACAUACAUCCAAGUAUAAUAGUAAUCAAGCAAGGCAUGUUCAUAAAUUUUCGGUCCAAGCGUGUUCAUAAAUUUUCGGUCCAAAGUCAUCACAGUAUGUAUCAUUUAUAUAAAUACAUCAUCACUGGAAAAUAAAAUUGAAAUCUGUAUAUGAUAUGCUUCUGGUGUCAGAAAUAAUCAUGGAACUGGGAGAUGAUUGCCCAAUUCCGAGAUAUUUAUUCAACAUUCAAUCUGGAAUGGUUCUUUCCAGCUCAAAUUCAUGAUGUUUUAUACUCAGAUUUAUGCAUUGCCUUGUGUGAACACCUCAA